AGCCACAUUAAAAUAAGACCAUGUGGAGGUGCAUUUGUGGAAAUGAAAAGCCUCUUGCAUCGGCGGGGGCACUGUGCUGCCAGAGUUCGACAGGUAAGUAUUUGGUGGCAGAUUUAACUGAGCAGCUGACUCAGUAUGAACAACUGGUAGUGCAGCUGCAAAACGACAUUCAGGACAAAGAGACCCAGCUACACGUGAGAGAUGAACAGCUUAAGGUGCUGGAAGACUUGAAGGAGAAACUUUGUGAAAAGGACGAGGCACUGCUGGAAACAACACGACAUGUGGAAGUACUGCAGAGAAAGCUCGAUGAGAAGAAUAGGGAGCUAGCGGAGUUGGUUGAAGAUUUGAGGAAGCUUGAGGAUGAGAAUGAAAAUCUCGACAACAAGCUUCUGGCUGAAGACUACGCCACCCAUAUCAAGGUCCGAGAUUUGAAAGAAAGUCACAAGGCUAAUUUAACAAAUCUCAAAGAACAGGCAACUAGUUCUUUAAAUAAUUUCACCGAAUGGAAGAUUAACGAACUGGAAGUUUAUGGAAGAGAGGGUGAAACCAGGGACAAGGUAGAGAGACUAUAUUCAGCAGCAGAAGAGGAUAUUCAUUUGGAGUAA